CGAGCUCAGAUCAAACCAGAAAUUUAGUUCGCAACGAACCUCGAGAGUCGAACAUACACUGUCGCCGCGAGGGCACAUAUUGACCUUGCCAUGUCGCAGUGACAGCCGCUGUCCACCACCUCACCCAGACACGUCCCGGGCGCCUUCGACCCAACCAUCGUCCCACACAAACAAACCUUCCCCACCCUCACUCAUCUCGACGCUCCUCCGACCACCUCAAAUUCUACUAGUACCUCAAGCACCAUCACAAUGGCCACCGCCCCUCAGCCACUCCCCUUCCAAACCGCCCUUCUAGCAGGCGCGCUAGCCGGCACAACCGUCGAUCUCUCCCUCUUCCCACUCGACACGCUCAAGACCCGCCUGCAAUCCUCCCAAGGCUUCUUCGCAUCCGGCGGCUUCCGGGGUAUCUACCGGGGCGUCGGCUCCGCGCUCGUCGGCUCCGCGCCCGGCGCAGCCUUCUUCUUUUGCACCUACGAAGCGACCAAGUCCUUCCUCUCCUCCUCCGCCUUUUUCCAACAACAAAUAAGACAACAUGGGGGGUCUGGGUCCAGCCGUCAAAGAGAAAAAGGCGCCGCCGCCCUCGAGCACAUGCUGGCCGCGUCGGUGGGGGAGAUCGCCGCGUGCGCGGUGCGGGUGCCGACCGAGGUGGUCAAGCAGCGGGCGCAGGCGGGACAGCACGGCGGGUCGUCGCUCCUGUCGCUCCUGCACAUCCUGCGGCACCGUCACACAGUGGGUGUGAAGGGCGUGUGGCGGGAGCUGUACCGAGGGUGGGGGAUCACCGUGAUGCGGGAGGUGCCCUUCACGAUCCUACAGUUCCCUCUAUGGGAGGCGCUCAAGGCGUGGGGCAGAGAGAGGAGGGUGCAGACGGGGAGGGGGUUGUUUGGGGACGUGGGGGAUGGGUUCGGGGAGGUGAGCGCGGCCGAGUCGGCGCUGUACGGCAGUAUAUCCGGGGGGUUGGCCGCGGGCGUGACGACGCCUUUGGAUGUGCUCAAGACAAGGAUCAUGCUCAGCGCGAGGCGCGAGAGCAUGGGGAAGAUGGUGCGGACGAUAUUGAAGGAGAACGGGAUCCGGCCGUUCUUCGCCGGCAUUGGGCCACGCGUCAUGUGGAUCAGCAUUGGUGGGGCCAUCUUCUUGGGAAGCUACCAGUGGGCGGUGAACACGCUCGAGAAGCAGCGCCUGGUAAUAUGAGAACGGGUCUUUCGGUGGUGAACAAUGGUCUGAUAGAAGACGUCUACCGAUACACUACAGGCGGGGCCGCCAGGAACCAUGUAAGCUGACAUAUGUACAGUAGCUAAGAACAAAUAUACCCGACUG